GCAAAUGUACUGUGGGGCAUAAAAAUUUUAGGACAUUAAAAUAUGUGCAAAACAAUACGUUUGUUUGUUUGUUUGUUUGUCUGUUUUUUUAAUUCUGUGGGUUUAUUUUCCACAGAUUCAUCCAUCUAGGGAAUGGUGCAGCUGUAGGCAACAUGGCUGUUAAUUUGCUGAAUUUUUUUCUGAGUUACAGCCCUGUGUUUCUUCUAUGUCCUUCUAAAAAAUAUUUGGAAUACUAAUCGUGAGAGAACAAAUUGAGAUUAUUGUGAAGUACCUGGAAUUGUGCCCUCUAGAGGUGCCAAAACAUGAUAGGGAGUACUGGAAGGAGCUUCAAAAGGCGUAUUGUUAUCAGGAUUACGUUUUUCUGGUGCUUGUCGGAGAUUCUCUUCAGUCUGUGGCAAACACCAGAAAAGUCUCUCAAGGAUUUGAGGGUUUCUGUGCUUCAUUGCAGUCUGUAUGAAUGGAAGCACAACCACAUGACUGUGAGCUGUGAUUCUCCGGGGGUUUGAUUUUCAUGCAUGUUCAGGUUUUGAAGCUUUUUAAGUUGUUACAUAGAACACGGCAAGAAGUUUUUAAAAACGAUACCAAAGCCCUCGAAGCUGCAAGACAAAAGAUAAAUGAAGAAUUCAGAAAUAACCGAGAUGAGACAUCUGAAGAGAAGAUUAAUGAGCUUCUUAAAAUAGCUUCAGAUGUUGAAGUGAUUCUCAGAACUUCUGUUAUUCAGGCGGUUCACACAGAUUCUGACAAGAUAGUACUCAUACCCAGGAAAGAUCUGCUACAGGACAACACUCCUUACUUAGAUAAACCAACAAAAAAACAAGAAUCCUGAGGAAAUAUUGUUACCAGGAAAAAAGAGACUGAAAUCAACUCACUGAUUUUAUUGAGUGCUGGGAUAUCAUCAUGCGCUUGUUCUGUGGAAGAUAGUAAUACUUUCACAGAACUUAAAAGUACACUCAUGAAUUGUGUUACUUCAGCCAGGAAUGUUUCUGAUUAUGACAGCUCUCAGACAGAGAUUGUUUCCCAGCAAUCCAGAGUUUUUCAAAGCAAUUUAAAAAUUAAAUGGAGUACUUAAUACUGAUAAUAUUUAUUUUAAAGUUUAUUGUCAAUCAUAAGCUUCUUUGAAGUAAUGAAAAAUCAUCUUGUGGCAUAUAAUGUUAAAUUUAUUCUUUGCACCAAAAGCAUGAUUUCUGAAGUUGUCAUUAAUUGUACACUAGUAUACUGUGAUGGUUGAGAGAUUUCUUAAAGGUUUGUCCGAAUAAAUUAUUUGUGUUUUACAGA